GCUUCUCUUCCUCAGGUGCCUGUCUGAUGGGGAGAUGGCUGAUGCCCAGAACGUUUCGCUAGACAGCCCAGGGAGUAUGGGGGCUGUGGCAGUGCCCGUGGUCUUUGCCCUCAUCUUCCUGCUGGGCACAGUGGGCAAUGGGCUGGUGCUGGCAGUGCUGCUGCAGCCCGGCCUGAGUGCCUGGCAGGAGCCGGGCAGCACUACGGAUCUGUUCAUCCUCAACCUGGCAGUGGCCGAUCUCUGCUUCAUCCUGUGCUGCGUGCCUUUCCAGGCCGCCAUCUACACGCUGGAUGCCUGGCUUUUUGGGGCCCUCGUUUGUAAGGCUGUGCACCUGCUCAUCUACCUCACCAUGUAUGCCAGCAGCUUCACGCUGGCGGCUGUCUCGGUGGACAGGUACCUGGCCGUACGGCACCCGCUGCGCUCGCGGGCCCUGCGCACGCCUCGCAACGCCCGCGCCGCCGUGGGUCUGGUCUGGCUGCUGGCGGCGGUCUUCUCGGCGCCCUACCUCAGCUACUACGGCACCGUGCGCUACGGCGCGCUCGAGCUCUGCGUGCCCGCCUGGGAGGACGCGCGCCGCCGCGCCCUCGACGUGGCCACCUUCGCCGCCGGCUACCUGCUGCCCGUGGCCGUGGUGAGCCUGGCCUACGGACGCACGCUGCGCUUCCUGUGGGCGGCCGUGGGUCCCGCGGGCGCGGCGGCGGCCGAGGCCCGGCGCAGAGCCACAGGCCGCGCGGGGCGCGCCAUGCUGGCGGUGGCCGCGCUCUACGCCCUCUGCUGGGGCCCGCACCACGCGCUCAUCCUCUGCUUCUGGUACGGCCGCUUCGCCUUCAGCCCGGCCACCUACGCCUGCCGCCUGGCUUCGCACUGCCUCGCCUACGCCAACUCCUGCCUCAACCCACUGGUCUACGCGCUCGCCUCGCGCCACUUCCGCGCGCGCCUCCGCCGCCUGUGGCCCUGCGGCCGCCGCCGCCCCCGCGCCCGCUGCCCCCCGGGCGCCCGCCGCGCCCUCCGUCGCGUCCGCCCGGCGUCCCCAGGCCCUGCCGGCUGCCUCGGGGACGCUAGGCCUCGGGGACGCUAGGCCUCGCGGGCGGCUGCCGACGGGCGGCGGCUGGGGCGGGGAGCCGGGUCGGGAGCCCACCCGCGGUAGAGAGGCUGGCCGGGCCCUUCCGCGCGCGCCUCCGCCUCCUGUGGCCCUGCGGCGGCCGCCGCCCCCGCGCCCGCUGCCCCCCGGGCGCCCGUCGCGCCCUCUGUCGCGUCCGCCCGGCGGCCCCAGGCCCUGCCGGCUGCCUCGGGGACGCUAGGCCUCGCGGGCGGCUGCCGACGGGCGGCGGCUGGGGCGGGGAGCCGGGUCGGGAGGCCGCCCGCGGCAGAGAGGCUGGCCGGGCCCUAACUGCCCGAGGACCGG